AUGAAUCAAGUUUCUGUAAAACCUAAAUUUAAAGCUGAAUUCGUUAAUAAUGAAAAUAAGGGUGUAAGGUUUAUGAAUAAAACAAAAAAUAAUCAGAAUACAAUAAGUAAAAAUACAAAUGUACAAAAUUUGUUGUUACCACAAAAAAAUACAUAUGCAAAAAAUUCCAAUUUAAAACUGAGAACAAAUAACAAUACAUUUAAUCAUCCCCCUAAAUUAACCUUCAAGAAUAGUCAAAAUGCUCCUCAUAAAAAUUUUCAAGCACCCUCUACAAAAGUACAUAAUGAAUUAAGAUAUGAAGAGAAAAAAACUUUAUUUAAUACAAGAAACACAUUACAUGAUGACUCUAAAAAGAAUUUUUUCAAUAAAUCAACAAUGCAAAACAAAAAUGAAGAAAAGUAUAAUGAUAGAAAAAAUGUGAAAAAAUCUUUUAAUGAUAAUAACAGUUUAAGAAAAAAUGAUAAUAAUACUAGAUUAACUAAAGCUUUUAAUACCCAUUCAACAAACAACAUUUCUAAUAAUCCUGCAUAUAAUAUUGUAUACAAUAUUCAGAAUAAAGAAAUAGAAAAUAAUAAAAAUGAUAAUGUGAAUAAUUCAGAAAAUUUCAUACCUACUUAUUCUUCACCAACGAAAAGAAAAUAUGAAACCUUUGAAAAUAUAAACAAAAAUGAUGAGAAAGAUAAUAAGGAAAUGAAAACACAAAAUAAAAGAUUUGCUCAAAAGAAUUAUAAUAUUGAUAAUAAUUUUAAUAUAGAAUGCAAUAAAAAUUUUAACAAUAAUAAUAUUUUAAAUAAUACAAAUGAAAAUAUGAAUGUCUAUAGUAAAUAUUCAAAUGAUAAUCUAUUUAAUAGAAAUAAUUUAAUUAAUAAAUGUUCAGAUAAAAAUAUUUUUUAUAAUAAAAAUAAAAAUGAGACAUUAAAUAGUUCGUAUCCAAUAGUAAAUGUAAUUAAAACUUAUGAUAACUUCAAUUCAAAUUCAUUAGGAAGAAACUACACUAAUUAUGAGAGAUUGAUAAAUAAUAAUAAGUUGAUAAACAAUCAUAAUUAUGAAUUAAAUCACAAACAUUAUUUUAAGGAAAAAAAUGCAAAAUUUAAUUUAGAAAAUAAUAAGAAUAAAAAUAACACAGAAUUUAUGGAACAAUUUAAUAACCACAAAAAUGAAAAUCAUAAUAACAUUUAUUAUUUGAAUGACCCUAUUGCUGAAAAUGAUAAUAAAAAUUUAAAUUAUUUAACUGAAACAAAUAGUGAAAAAAUAAUGAACAACACAAGUAAUGAAAAUAAUAAUGAUAAUUUUAAUUCAUGUGUAUUUGAUAGAUUAAGUGAGGAAAAUUUUAAUUCUUACAUGAAAAGAAAAAUAGAUAAGAGUGAUGAUAUUACCAUUAAAGAUAUAGAAAAAUUUGAUACAUUGAAUAAUAGUAGUAAUAAAAAUAUUUCAAAUAAUUCUAAGAAAUUUAGUAAUUUACUGAAAAAUAAUUUAGAAACAAAUAAAAUAAAGUGUAUACUAAAUAAUGAAAAAAUUAUGUUAAGAAAUAAUAUAAUUGAAACUAAUAAUGCAGAUUUAAAAAAUUUAUCGAAUUCACAAGCUUUUUCAGAAGCUAGUAUAAGUAAUAACAUGGAAAAUUAUAAAGAAAAACUUACACAUCUUAAAUAUAAUGGAAUGAAUAGAAUGUCUAAAAGCUUGAAUCAAAAUGAAUUAAGGGAUACAACAAAUAAAAAAAUAAAUAUAGAUACUUAUAAAAGUAAUGAUUGUGAAUAUAUAUAUUUUCAAAAUAUUAUCAAUAAUAUAGAUAAGUGUAAUAACGUAGAAAAAGAUAUUGAUACAUUAUGUGAAAAUGUCAUGAAUAUAAACGAUUACUCAUUAAAUUUUAACUAUGAAAAUGAAUGCAUAAAUGAUAUCUUAAAUUUAUCAAAUAAUGUUAGUGAUAAUAUACAAAAUAUACAACAGAUUAUUUAUAAUAAAAAAAAAGUAGUUCAAGAUAAAAGAAAUAUUGUAAAUGAAGAAUAUGAAAAUAUGUGUCAGAAAUUAAAAGAUUGUGAAUCCAUAUUUUGUGAUACAAACGAAGAAACUGGAGAAAAAAAGUUAAAAGUUUUUUAUGAAAUUGAUGAAAAAAAAAACAUAUUGAAAAAUAAGUAUGAAAUGAAAAAAAUGUUAUUAAAAAAAGCGCAAUAUAAAAUUGAUAAAUUGCAAGAAUAUACUGAAGCUAUAAAACUUAAAACAUUAGCUAUCUCAAAAAGAUAUAAAAAAACCUUUUUAUUGAUUGAAGAGCUUUUUCGGUUAAAAAUAAUAAAAGAUAAAGAAAAUGAAUUAGAAGUUUGCUUAAUACCAAAAAAUACGGAAACAGAUAUGUGGCAUCGUCUACAACUAGAUAAAAAUGAAAUAACAUCUGAUUCUUGUGAUUAUUUGUGGAGUCAAAUAGAAUCAUUUGUUGAUAAAGAAACAUUUAAUAAUUAUUUUUGA